GAGAUUUUCUGGGAGCCAUGCUUCCCUCUAAUAUCACCUCAACACAUCCAGCUACCUUUUUGUUGGUAGGAAUUCCUGGUUUGGAACACCUGCAUGUCUGGAUCUCCAUCCCCUUCUGCUUUGCUUAUACUCUGGCCCUGCUGGGAAACUGUACCCUUCUCUUCAUUAUCCGGGCUGAUGCAGCCCUCCAUGAGCCCAUGUAUCUCUUUCUGGCCAUGUUGGCAACCAUUGACUUGGUUCUUUCUUCUACAGCGCUGCCCAAAACGCUUGCCAUAUUCUGGUUCAGGGAUCGGGAGAUCAGCUUCUUUGCCUGUCUGGUCCAGAUGUUCUUCCUUCACUCCUUCUCCAUCAUGGAGUCAGCAGUGCUGCUGGCCAUGGCCUUUGACCGCUAUGUGGCCAUCUGCAAGCCACUGCACUAUACCACCGUCCUGACUGGGUCCCUCAUCACCAAGAUUGGCAUGGCUGCCGUGGUCCGGGCUGUGACACUAAUGACUCCACUCCCCUUCCUGCUGAGACACUUCCACUACUGCCGAGGCCCAGUGAUUGCCCAUUGCUACUGUGAACACAUGGCUGUGGUGAGGCUGGCAUGUGGGGACACCAGCUUCAACAGUAUCUAUGGCAUUGCUGUGGCCAUGUUUAUUGUGGUGUUGGACCUGCUCUUUGUUAUCCUGUCUUAUGUCUUCAUCCUUCAGGCAGUUCUCCAGCUUGCCUCUCAGGAGUCCCGCUACAAGGCAUUUGGGACAUGCGUGUCUCACAUAGGUGCCAUCCUGUCCACCUACACUCCGGUAGUCAUCUCUUCAGUUAUGCACCGUGUAGCCCGCCGUGCUGCCCCUCACGUCCACAUACUCCUUGCUAUUUUCUAUCUCCUUUUCCCACCCAUGAUCAAUCCUAUCAUCUAUGGAGUCAAGACCAAGCAGAUUCGUGAUUAUAUGCUCAGUCUAUUCCAGAGAAAGAACAUGUAGAUGGAUAGUUCUCUUUUUUUAGCCCCUGGGUCAAGUAAUGAGAAUGCUGGAUUGGG